UCGACUCUUGAGCCGUCUGUUGACGGCCUGAGCUCUCUUGGCAGAGGACUGAGGUAUAACUAAGGCUCCAUUACCUUAGUUCCAGAAGGUCCCUGUCUAUGGGAGCGUUUUCUUUCUAAUUUCUCACAAGCAGGCCGUGGCGGCAGGCCGAGGCUCUUUGCCUGAAUCCAGUCCGCCGGCCCAGCCAUGCCUAAAAAAGGGAAAAAGGCAAAGGUACCCUUGACGGACGAAGAGCAGCUGCUUUUAUUUCAGCAGAAGUUGCUGGCAGAGGAGGAGGCGGCCAAGAAGAAAGAGAGGCUUCUCACACAGUUCUUGAAGGACAAGCUGGCCAAGGAAGAACACAACAGCGCUCUGAAUCUUAAUAAGAUCAACACACAGUGGAGAACUGUCCUAAGGGAAGUCAAGACCAGGGAACUUCUCAAGGACAUCGAGAUCCUCAGUCAAACGUUUGAGCGCGUGGUGGACUGCAAGGACAGCGUCAUCAAGUCUCUGGCUAAGGACUUGACUGAAGCAGAGGAACAAUACGCCCAUGCUCUGCGCAGCCACUUACACAAUGUUGACCAGCUCUUGACCCUGCAGCGACGCCGACUCAGCCUCCUGGAGGAAAGCUACAACAUGGAACUAGAUGUCCUGACGAAAGAGUUUGAGACGGAGCGGAAGACAAUCAUUGACCAGCAUGAGAAAGAGAUCCACUACCUCCAGGAUGUCUUCAUGGCCAUGGAGCAGAACUACGUCGAUUCCGAGUAUGAGAGCAAGCUAGAGUUCCAGAGUAUGUGGGAUGAUCUGAAAAACAAGAAUUUAGAAGAGAAGCACUUUCUUCGUCUACAACUGGAGAACAUAGUGGAGGAUCUGUGGAGAAGGUUCCAGGAUGCGCUCAAGAACUAUACCGAUGCCACGGAGGACCGGAAGAUUGCCUUUGAGACUCUGAAGGUGAAGGACGAGAAAAGCUCCAAAGAGAUUGAAAUGCAGAUGAAAAAAAUCCAGAAGCUGCAGGAGGCCAUAGGUAUCUUGAAAGGGAAGAUCACAGCCCACAGCCGUGAAAGUGAAUGGCAGAACCAGUGCAUCCGCAAUGACAAGGAGCUGGUCCAUGUACAGCUGCGAAAACUGAAAGCCCAAAGGACGCAGGCUCGGGGAGUGUCCCAGGAGAACUUAGUCAAACUCACCCUGGAAAGUAAUGCCACCCUCAAGGACCUGAAAAAGAUCGUGGAGAAGGGUGAAAAGAUCCUUAAACUUGCUGAAAUCUGUAGGAAAUUUGAAACAGAGGAAGAAAAAGUCCUGCCUUUCUAUUCCUCAGCCCUGACUCCCAUGGAGCAGGAGGAAGUGGAGAGACAGAACCCAGAAGAGGUCACAGAGGAGCUGGCCAAGGUUAUGGCGGACUACUCAGGGAUGGAGAACUUCUGGAAAAGAUACAAUAAGGUGAAGCUGGAGGUGCUGAGCCUGCAGCACAGACGCGUGCAGCUGCUGGAGAUCAGCGGGAAGCUGAGGGAAAUGCUCAAACAGUACCUGGACAGUAUCUCCGUGAGCGAUGAGGUGCUGAGCCAGCUCAACCCGCUCUUCAUAGUAAACCACAGGAGCAACCUGCCCCAGCUGUCCGCACCUGCCCAGGCAGGCGAGAGAGGCCCUCCAACCACCUACAAUGUCAUCGAAGCUGCCCACAUUGUCUCCCGUACCCUGUGAUCCAAGGAACCCAAGAUUUUUUUUGUGAAACCCGAGUGCUUUGGUAUUACAAAUUUAGAUGGAGGCUCCAGACAGUACUCUAGUCAUUGACUGCCACUAUCCCGCGCAGU